AUGGCAAAUGAGCCAAAAUUGCAAAUGGAAUUCGUGUUUGAGAAUGAACACAAAUACACAGCUCCUCGUAAAUUGGAUUCUGUGAAAGAGUCCGAGCUAAUUAUUAGAUGUUGGGAUAAUAGUGUAAAAGGACCGGAUGGUGUUAUAAUCGAGGCGAAGGAGAACCUGUAUCGCUCGGAAAAUUACGAACGCUCUGAAAACGCGUUUACCCUGAAUUUACAGACGGGGAAAAAUCAAGUUGAAUUGACAUUCAAAAUUUACUUUGUAGAAAAUAAGCCACCCGAGAACAUAUUACAAAGAGUUUACGAAGAGGAGGAAAGGAUCGGGAUAAUCCUAAUAACCGGUUUAAAAUAUAAAGAUAUGUGCGGAAUGUCUGGUUUUUUAGAGUUUAAACUGGACAAAGAAAAGCACUCGACUAAAGAUUACUGGACAACCUCUAAGUCUGAAUUAAAAUCACCAGUUUCUUUAUUUUUGGUCGACAAAAUAAGCACAUUGACUAUAUAUUGUGUACUUUCAAGUAGUCAGGGAUGUCCAACAGAUAAAAUAAAAAUUGGCCCGUCUAAUGAUAAGUCAGAGAAACUUUGGGACAAUUUAACAAAGCUUGGUUAUUGUGCAGUUGGGCCGGUUAUAUUAUCAGAAAGAGGAAUGGAUUAUUCAAGUGUUGAAUUUUUAUUGUCCCUCCAUACAAUUUUGUCGAUCGAUCCAUUGACACUAUCACCUCCUCCAUCACCUUCGUUGCCAUCAUCACCGGUUUUUUCUAAUAUAAAUAUUGACUCAACAUCUAACAUUGAAAUAAUUGACUCAGCUUCUAACAUUGAAAUAAUUAACACGGCAGUAACAUCUCCUUUUAAAUCUUCUUAUCCAAUCCCGCCAUCGCCCACAACAACUUCUUCAUCAUCAAUAAGUCUAAUUGAUGAUGAUUAUGAGACAAAAAGUAACCGAAGCAGCAAUAUUUACGAACCUUCAUUUAUAUCACGUGAUUCAAUUAACUAUUCAACUUCGAUUACAUCACCAUGGUCAUCACCAUCAUACGUUGCUGAUAAGCAAACAAUCUCGGAUAAAUAUUUUAUUAAAAACCGAAUGACCAAACAGUCAUCAUCAUCAAUAUUUAAUCAGAGAAAUAAAAUCUUUUUUGGUGAGAAUAUCAAGAAGACUAAUGAUAUUGUCAUUAUUAAGAUUUUUUCUGAUCAAGUCUGGUGGCAGAAUGAAGUCAGGAUGUUUAAAAAAUUAAUGAAUAUAGAAAAUUAUUUUGAAUAUCUUGUCAAAUGCCAGGAGAUGAAUCAUCAAAAAGAAUAUUAUGUAGUCACAUCAUACAUGGGCAAUAGUUUGGAUAUGAUUGUUGACAGAUUUAAAAAUCUGCAAGAUAUUAAACAUUUAUUUUUUAACGUUUGUAAAUGCGUAGACUUUUUACAUCAAAAUGAAAUUGUUCACAUGGAUAUAAACCCCUCCAAUAUAAUUUGUAAAAAUGAUAAUAAUAAACCCUGUAGUGUUAGAUUGUGUGAUUCACCAGAACUACUAUUAGAUGGUGACGGUAAUUCAAAAGUUAAAGCAAAUUAUUUACACGAUAUCUACUCAUUAGGUUGUUUGUUGUAUUUCCUGCUUACCAAGCGCCCUUUAUAUACUUCCAAAGAAGAAUUGGAUGUAAUAAUGAUGGGAAAUAUGAAAGAAAAAAUUAAAUCGGAUAUAAAUAACGAAAUUGCCAGUGGCUUAAUUAAUUGGAUGACCAAUCCUGUAGGUAGGCCUAAAAUCGAUGUUGUUUUACAAAGUAAAUUUUUCAAGGAAUAA